CAAACCUACUUCCAAUAUGACUUUUAUUACCUCGUGUGUGUCGUAACUUCCUUGUAGCUAACUUCACGUAAGCUGACUUUUCUCGGUACCAAAAAAAAAACAACGUCACACUUUUACUGGACGAAUCACAAUCGGCUCCUGAUUGGCUACAUAGUGCACUACGCAGUGCGUAUCAUCCAUUGUUUCAUACGCUAAGUAGUGCACUAAUGUAGUGAGCGGGCCGCCAUUUUAGAUUCGGUGUCAGUUGGCGUUCCGCUAUCGUUUAAAAUGUCCGUUACCAUGGAGAUCUUUUAAAAAAUAUCUGUCUUUCUUAUUUAAUAUCAUGCAGCAGUAAUAUAAAACAUUUUAAAGGGUAUUUAGAUGAUACUUUCUGAAUCGGUCUCACGAGAAAAAUACAUAAAUGUAUUUUUUUUUGUUUUCCGUGAGCGAUUUGGUACGUCAUUACGUAAUAACGUCAUACGACACUGGACGAAUCACAUUCGAGGUUUGAUUGGAUACAUAGUGCACUACAACCCGAUGAUUGUACGCCCUAGGUAGUGCGCUAAUGUAGUUUUGAAGCUUCGGUUUGAGAUUCAGGCGCUAGCGGUGCCCGUUGGAGGCUCUCGUUACUAUGGAAACUUUUAAAAACCUAACGUUAACCUGUUUUUCCUCCCCCCGAAACAGACAGCUAUAGCAAGUCUGCUUAUAGCUUUAGAAGUUCGAAAUAGAAAUGUCUGUUCGUAGCGGCGCUGCGUUUUGCAGGAAUGAGGAUAGAAAAAUGGCAGCAGUUGACAGGAAGAGGUUUGUUUCGGUUUUUGAUCAGUGUGAUGUGGAAAAGAAAGGCUAUUUGUCCAGAGAGGACGUUAAGGUCGCUGUUGUCAUGCUGUUCGGUUAUAAACCUUCGAAGUCAGAAACAAGUAUGCUGAUGGAAGCUGGUGCUGUGCCAACCUGCCCAGGGGUCCCUUUGGAGCAGUUUGUGUCUCUCAUGGGGAGGAAGUUAUCAGCAGGGGAUCCGUACGAGAAGACGAGACAGAUCUUCAGCGCGUUUGAUCUACACUGUCGUGGAUUCCUGAAGUUGGAGGACUUCAGAAGUGUGUUUGCGCGUGUGGCUCCUCGCCUGCCUGAGCGCACCGUGCUGGAGGCUUUUCGACACGUGGACCACGACUCAGAUGGACACAUCAGCUUCAAGGACUUUGAGGACGUUAUCGGUUACGGGCUGGCCAACAGCUGAGGCACUGCGCUUCAGCAGAAGGUCUGUGGGAACAGCAGUAAGAGAUCACGCGCGUCUGGAGCCGACCGAGCUUCAGUAUCGCAUUUCAGAACAAAAGAACACGCUCGUUCACAAAGCAGCACGACGUGUUCAUUUUAACGUGUCCAGGACUCAAGGCGGGAUUCCGAUCACACAGCGUAUACCGGUUACCGGAUUUCUCUAUUAAACUAAGUUACACACGAGCUCAGUUUGUGAGGUCACGACAUAGGCGCACAUUUUAAACCAAUCAUGUUCAACAUGCAAAUUGUGAGACGAGCGGGUGAGUGAAUGUUUUGGAGCACCAGUGAUGCCUUAACUGGUUAGAAAGCACUGACACUGGAGACUCCUUCCAUAAAAGUUAAUAAAUGUCGCGGAUUAUAUGUUUCAUCUAAGACAUUUUUAUAAACCUGUCUAUUAUUAGGCUUAGAUGAGGAUGUGGAGCGUUUGUCAUACAAGUUCCCUGUGUAAUGUGUUGCUAUAGAAACCGUAACAUAACAUAAAAUAAUAUAACGUGAGGCUCCAGAUUGAGACCCAGAUACUAACAUCGAUUAUUUAUUACCCGUCGUAGAUCAUUUUUAGGAUUUAGGAGUACACAUUCAGGUUGUUUUUGUUGUCUUGUUUGUAGAUUAUCACCUCCCCUCGUCGUCCUCACUUCCCGAUAGGCGGCAACGAGCCGUCAGUGAAGUGCACUCUGGAAUCUUUGUCGAAAGGCAGACGGGCGUCAGUGCCCGAGAGUCGGGUUUGAUGAUGAGCGUUGAUGUCGUAUCGAUCCGUUCGGCGCGGGGGCCGUGCCGUGUAAUAGUCAGACGCACAUUUCUAUUGUCCGGUUGUCUUACAGGCUGCAUUAAGGAUAAACCCAGUUCCCUCCAGGCCUAAUUCACUCGCUCCACUCGUGCAGUCCUCGCUCAAAUCAACAUAGCCCACGGCCGCCGUCACCACCGAGCGCUCUUCAGGUAUUUCCCGUUCGCUCCUGCGUACCUGCCGUUCAAUCACUCCAAAGCCAUUACACAGCACGGCGAGGGCUGGAUGUCUUCUAAUCCUCCUCCGCUAAAUCCAUUUGCACCUGAGAAACAGGCGGCUCGCUUUUCAGCUCCCGAACACGAGCGCUCGUAAUCAGAUUGCGUUUUUAAUCAGUUUUGCACAAAAACGCCGCUGUGCAGCCAUUAAGAAAAGGCCCAGGCGCACUCUUGCAGAGGAUUUUAUGCCACUCUUGUUACACACGAUUAUGGAACUGUAAAUACUUGUUUGUGUUUUGUUUUUUUGUUUUUUCUCGAGAUUUACCGCACUCCCGUCUGAAUAAAGAUUAAUUUGUUUUUGUAA